AUGGAUCAUGAUUUCAAACAAGACGUUUUGGAUACAAACAUUGAUACCACUAAUAAUCAACCAGAUGACCUUGACUUUAAUCUAAAAGUGGUAUUGGAAUCAUCUAUUUUGAACGGGGAAGGUGAAAACAAUGAUACAAAUGUUGCAGCAUUAGAUCAAAUUCUUUUGGCAAUGUCAUUUGAUGUGACAUUAAAGAUUCAAAACUCUCGUUACCUAGAUUUGCUUAUUGGAAAGUAUCUCGAAUUGAUCAGCUCCGAUAACUUUCAACUUCAAGAACUAAGGGAAAAUGAAGACAAAGACGAAGAAGACUAUGGCCAAAAUGAGAAUGAAAACGAUGACGAGGAUACGGAAAAGGACAAGGACAAGGACAAGGAAGACGCAAUGGAGACAAUUGCCCAGCAUUAUAAACAAAUGAUUAUUUGUCUAUUUGAAGUUGGCUGCACUGUUGAACGAACUCGCACCAUGUUGCAUUUCUUGCGUGAGACAUCCAAUCCUGUUGCCAAGUUCACAAUCUUGCAACUCAUAAUUGAACUAUGUGACGAACACUCGAGAUUGUACCCGUAUAUGCUGAUAUCGUCUCUGCAGGUCAACUUUCCUAUUCAAAAAGGUUUGGAGGAUGCAUUCACAAUAUAUCUGUGGCUCAAAUUGAACAAACACGAAGAAUCUGAUGGGUCUUCAACAACAAUUCUUACGCUAACAAGUUCGUAUCCUACGGCAGAGCAGUCAAAUACAACUUUGAGUAUUUGUGUUUCAGGCUUCAAUCAAAUAAUCAUUGAAAUUGCAAACUUAAAAACAAGAUCCCGCUCACAGUUCAACUUCAACCGUCAAGUGAACCUAACACUUGAUAUUGUUCAGCUUGCAGUGGUUUACGAAAGUGCGACAUUGAGUUUGUAUGUAAACGGACAAUAUUGUGAAAGCGUACCGUGUUCGAAUCUCUCAAGAGAGUUUGCAAAUUGGAAUAAGAUUUCCGUUGGAGAAAACAAUGCUAAAAAUAACGUGAACAAUAUGAUGUACGAUUUAUAUGACGCUAACAACACAAACACAAUGAGUGAAAUUGUUGAUAAUGAAUUGAUAAUGAGAACUUGCUGUGUACUAAAAUGCAAGUUGAGUUGGGAAUGGAUUUUGACAUUGUUCUACAUGGGCCCCGGUUUUACUUGGGACCCUAGAACUGCAGAUGAAUAUAACAUCAGCAAGUUGGUUGAACGUCUUGACCACAAUUCUUAUGUGGAAAUUGCAAAAACGCUCUCGUAUAGACGACUUUCACAUGUGAAACUCCAACCGCAAUCACAACCGCAACCACAACCGCAAUCACAACCUCAAUUGCAGCCUCAAAUACAACCACAACUGCAGCCUCAACUACAAACACAACUGAAUUUUAAAGCUAAAGCUAAAUCUAAGCUGCAACCACAAUGGCGCACGCAACAUCAACAAAGUUACAAUCAAUUCGAAGACAGAAAAUACAAUACAGAUGCUAGUAUCAAAUUGCAGUCCACGUUUAUGGACUGGCUUAAAGAUCGAAAUUGCUUAUUAAAAAGUUUGAAUCCAAUUGAUCCAAAAUGGGUUCUUUUUGAUAGCGACGAUUACUUGCGACUGACGUUUGCUAGUACAAUUAAAGAUGAAAAGAAUCCUGUUGAGAAACCAUCACGUUCCAUGAACUUAACCAUGCACUUUCCAACCAACAUUUAUCGAGCAUUGUACACUUUAGACAUUUCCCAAAUACUUAUUGAGUUAUUAGAACAUGAUGUUUCAGUAGCCAAUUCGAACAUUGAAUACUCAAUUCAUUAUCUAUGUGUGGUCAUGCUACUUAAGGUUAUUGCAUCCAGCUGGCAAAUACGACAAGAAUUUGAAUAUCGAGGCGGCUAUAAGUUGCUAGCAAUUGUACUUCGCAGGCUAAACUCUAAUCAUUAUGUUUCAGAGCAGCAUGUUACUGAAAGCACGCUUUUGCAUGCUAGUGAGAGUAAAUAUCAACUUGGAGUUGAAGCUGAAAUUGAUUCACCUAUGAAAGUUGAUCUGCUGGGGCUCAUUGAUGUUCUUUUUAAAUUUUGUGGUCUUAUUAAUGACAAUACUUUAGCUCUCAUUAACGUUGAUGGUCCGAUUCAUGACAAUCAUGAUCUCAUGUUGCUCAACCACAACUGUCUAAAAAACUUGUUGCUAGAUUUUGAGCUUCUUGGCAACGCAAGCUACAUGGCUUUUGUCUUGGCCCAACUUGAAGGCCUGUUGAUCAAUUCGCGAUAUGCACUGUACAAUAUUUUUGUUUUGAAGCAAAUAGGGUUUGGAGCAAAAUUCAUUCAAUUCAUGAAGCUGACUACCGAUGCUGAGUUUUCGUUAAUACUAGAAACGCGCGUUGAAGGUGCUAUUAGUGCGUUAUUGAAAGUGGACCAGUCCGCCGGCUUUGCUGCUUCGUUAUCAUCGUACAUUGCGUUUGUACUUUCUUCAAAGUCUAACAAACACAACAGUUCUUCUUCAUUAAAGUGUGCAGUCAAAGCCUUAGAGUCUUUAACGAGCUUCAUUUGCUCUCCGUCUACACCUACAAAAAUCGUGAAGAAAUUAUCACGCUGCAUAACAAUGCAUUGGAUCAUACUUUUACUCAAAACAGCUGAUGGAGCAGUUGUAAUCUCUGCGAUUAAACUUUUGGCUCGCUUUUUAAGACUACAUGGACGGCGUAUCACUGAAAAAUUUUUUGAAAACCAUCAUGGUGAAGCGGUUUUGGCACAAUACCUUGACAAAUGGUGGAGUUAUGAGCCUGUUUUAAAGAGUGUGUUUCAAAGCGCGUUACCAAACACAGAACAUGGAAAGAAUGAUAUGUACCUUGGAAGCAUUCGACAAAAAACUAAAAACAAUGAAGAUUUCUUUAUACCGCAAUUUAUCCUGCUAACAAAUGAUCUCCUUGCUCUUCCACUUUCACGGCUAAGCGUGUUGGGAAGCAAUCCACCGACUCCAAUACUGGGUUCUCGACAAAACUCCAGUCAAAUCAAAGAACUCCAAGUUGUUUACGCUGUUGAGCAAUAUGUCAAUUGGUUAGCGCAGCUGCCGAUGCUAUUGGAAUGGAUGUUUUCCAUCACUAUUCUAAUAGAAAAAAGCUUAGAUCUUUUGUGUCUUUUGAAAUUGAGUUUUACAAGAUAUGAAGGAGAAGAUCUCGUUUGUGCUAAAGAGACUUUUAGCAAGUUGAUAUAUUUGAUGGCAAAUGCAUUAUUUUUGCAAUUGUCUAGUGCUGAUUUGGAACCCAUUUUUAAGAGUAUGCAAGACUUUAAAAGAAAAAUACUAUUUAAUCUUGUCAUUGCAGAAACUUUUCCACUUUUAAGAGAAUUUCUCAAGGAAUCUACUGACUUACCAAAAGGCCGCUAUUUCGAGAACAACAUACGGAUGAUAAUAAGUGGCUACUAUGAAGAAUUAUACAAAGCUAAAUAUGAGUUGUCUCUCAACGACAUGCAUGCAUACAUAUCAUGUCUAUGUUUGGUUUUUGAAUCGUUUCCCGGGUCCAACACUCAUAUAAAAAAAAACAUUUUGGGCGAAUGCGUUGUACAGUAUCUUUUGAAAUUUGUUUACGAAACUGACGAACUCUCCAAUUCCACACCUGACGAUGAUUAUUGUACUACUUUGAAAACUAUGUUAUUUCAUCAACAAACCAUUACCAGUUUAGAAAACCUGACUGGUUUGCAGCUUGCAAAGGUUGUUAUUCUCAUCCUUGGAGUAUGUCUUGCCUCUCCAAAAUACAAGGAUCAAUACUUGCAUUUGGAAGAGUCUUUUGCAAUUUUGCGCUCCAUAUUCCUUCUUCGAAAAGAGGCAAUGAUUGAUGGACUUGCAAUGUUGAAUGGUGAUAUGAGACUGUUUGCUUUAAUGUUUGAAGAUUUGGUUCUGAAGAAUGAUGUCGAAACAUUGACUAGGAUAAAGAAAAUAUCACCCUUUGUCAGGAAUAUACAACAAAUCCAUAAUCUACUAAUCACGGAAUAUUCUCAAAUAGACUUUCUUCGAGUGUCUAAUAUGAUCCAAGUGGCAUUUCAAAGAGGCGUUGUGAGGGAAAAUGAUAUGUAUUUACUUCACUUUGAAGAAGGUUCGCAAAAACUACAAUCACAAAUUGUCAAAUCAGAAAUUUUAAGAAUGAAGCGGGCUAAUCAAGAUUCAUAUGAUGACGAAAUCAGGAUUGUCAGGGGAUUUUGGGACCGCAAAAAACAAUCAACAAGGUUGCUCUACCUAAUAGUGCCGUCUACAACAACGUAUAUGCUUGGCAAUAUUGAAAAUGAUGAGCGCAUGAGGAAACUAUUGUAUCCAGAGGAUCUUCCUUUGAAUUAUCAAGAGUUUAUUGGUAUUCAAAAAUAUCGAGCGAAUAACAAGAGCGAGAAAAUAGAUUUGCCUGGUGAUUCUGGAAGCAAAGAGUCGUACUUGCAAUCACCAUUUCUUCUCAAUACCAUUGGAAAUUCCGAUUCUCCUUCUCACUCUCGCUCAAAUAGCAACAAUGGGUCUCAUGAUUUUGAACUGGGUGGAAAGGAUGAGAACACUACUAGUAUGAACAGUAAUAACAAUAACAAUAACAAUAACAAGAAUAAUAAUAAGAUCAAGAUUAAGGAAGAUACUGAUGCUGGUGAUGAUUUUACAAGCAGCACAGGGCCGAAGCUAUACGAUGAAUCAUUUGAAGAUCGAAAUCGUAGAGUAUGCAGAGCGCUUUUCUUUGGCGAUCAAAUAAUGUCACUUUGGAACGUUAGUCAGGUAAAGGGUCUAGUUCCCACCGAAAGUUUAAUGAUAUUGGGCAAAUAUCAUUUGUAUUUGAUUGAAAACUAUUUUAUUACUAAAGAUGGUAAUGUCAUAGACGUAAACGAAGCACCAAUUGAACAGAGAGAUCCAGUCUUGAGGUUAGUGAACUCUCAAUCCGAUAUAAACUCCACGUCAAAUAAGAGCAACAACAAUAUCUUCAGCAGUGAUAGUGCUCACGGGGUGCAAAGUUGGUCUUUGGACCAAUUAAGUGCUGUUUCAAAGAGGCUGUUUCUUUUUAGAGAUAAUGCGUUUGAAGCAUUUUUCAGCGAUGGAGGAAGUGUGCUAAUUACUUGUGUUUCUGUAAAAGAACGCAAUCUGCUAUAUGGGAAAUUAAAAGCACAUGCUACUGGAAAUGGUAAAAUGCCAGAUCUUCUUGAUGCGUUGACUAAUGACGAUGGAAGUUUGACCGCAAGAUUGAUAUCUGCAUUUGCCAGCCCCGGUGGCUCUCAAAAUGGUUUUAAUUUGGCGACUCGAAAAUGGGUUCGGGGAGAAAUUUCAAACUUUUAUUACCUAAUGAUUUUAAACACUUUAGCUGGUCGUACGUAUAAUGAUAUGACACAGUAUCCUGUGUUUCCUUGGGUAAUUGCAAAUUACACAAGCGCAAAAUUAAAUCUUUCAGAUGCAAAAACAUUUCGUGACCUCUCUAAACCAAUGGGGGCGCAAAGCUUAGAGCGAUCCUACAAAUUUCAAGAGCGAUACGAUGCAUUAAGUAGCUUAGACGAUAAAGUGGUACCACCUUUCCAUUAUGGUACCCACUAUUCCUCGGCAAUGAUUGUUAGUUCGUUUUUGAUAAGAAUGAAACCAUUUGUUGAGUCUUAUUUGCUUUUGCAAGGUGGAAAAUUUGAUCACGCUGAUAGGUUAUUUAAAUCGGUCGAAAAAGCUUGGCUUUCAGCUUCGCAGGAUAAUUCCACUGAUGUGAGAGAAUUGAUCCCAGAAUUCUACUAUUUACCUGAGUUUCUUAUAAACAGUAAUGAGUAUGAAUUUGGGGCUUCUCAAAAUGGCGACAUUGUAAACGAUGUGGAGCUACCACCAUGGGCCGAAGGUAAGCCGCAUAUAUUCAUCAAAAAGAACCGAGAAGCCUUGGAGAGUCCUUAUGUUUCAGCUCAUUUGCAUGAAUGGAUCGAUUUAAUUUUUGGAAGCAAACAGUGCGGACUGGAAGCAGUCAAAGCUUUGAAUGUUUUUCAUCAUGCUUCUUAUAAUGGUGCUAUAGAUAUCGAUAAUAUUGAAAAUGAAAUUGAGAAAAGAGCAGCAAUAGGAAUGAUUAAUAAUUUUGGUCAAACUCCAAAACAAAUAUUUUUUAAAUCACACCCUAAGAAAGAGGUUUUAAACCUGCCAAGCGAAUAUACUAGCGCUAUACAGUGGACAAAAAAGGAAGAGCGUGAGGCUGUUUUUGAAUCAAAACUAAAAGCCCCUAUUUGCAAACUUGAAUUUCUAUCCGCUAUGUCAGGGGAUACUAGGAAAUCUGGAUGGGUUGGUCGCCAUAAUUGUAUUUCAUCGGAAUAUCAUAUGCUUAUAAGAAAAGCGCCGAGUUCGAGUAAUUUGGGAGGAUCGAUAUUGGUCAAUGAUGCUUUGUUUAAAGAUAUUCAUCAAUGUGAUGUAACUGCAGUAGCAGCAAUCGGACAAGGUGAGUUCCUCACUGGAGACGAGGAUGGGCUUCUUGUUGCAUGGGAAUAUAAUAGUUUUGGGUCCAAAUGUUCAUUAAAUGCGAAAGCGACAUUGAGAGGACACGUGAGUGCAGUGGUUCAAGUACUUUUAAGCAAGAGCUUCAAAAUUGCUGUUAGUAUUGAUAAAAGCGGUACUAUUUUGGUAUGGGACUUGGCGCACUUGCGAUAUAUUCGCACCUUGGUCUCACCCAAUGCACUUUUGGUUCCUGGUGAGAAUUACAAGUUAGCCUUGUCCAAUGAAAAUGGAAAUAUUGCUGUUGUUAACCUGAAAUUGACCAAAGACAAUGGCUGCAGUCAUUACUUACGAGUAUUUGAAAUUAAUGGUGACAUUAUUUUUGAAGGAGUUGUUGAUAUUAAUAGUGGGGGCAAUAGCAAGUUUGGUACUGGGGUUGGAACUGAGGCUGAGGCUGAGGCUGAAGUUGAGGUUGAGGUUGAGGUUGAAGCUUCCGAUAAGGAAAUCAUUGUAGUUUUCGGCGUUGACCUGGACUCUUUUUACAGUACAAGCAAAGGAUUUGGUAGCCAAAAACGACCCUAUUGGUCUAAGGACUAUAUUGCUUUUGGCUAUGGUAAAACUGUCAAAAUUUUUGAGCUCGACUGCCCCUCAUCGCAGGAAUUGAAAUUAUUACAAGAAAUCAAGUUACGCCAUUUGAAGGGUGAUAUCACUGCUUUGCAAUUUUUGAAAAGAACCGAGGUAGAUGAGGACGAGAGACUAAUCAGGGGUAGAUUUGAGCUAGUUGUUGGCGAUUCAACUGGAAGAGUGUACACGUUAGGCAUGGAGCAUUGA